AUGCUAUUACAAAGUAUUACAUCCCUCGCAAUUUAUUUUAGUGUGGGGGCAGCCAACGCGUUCAAGCAUCAAGCAAUCCCCCUUGUUGAUGAAACAUAUGACUAUGUGGUUGUUGGCGCUGGUACGGGUGGAAGUGCAAUUGCAACGAGACUAGCGCAAAACAAUCGCUUCAGGGUCGCACUGGUUGAAGCCGGAGAACAUUACGAGCUCGAGUCUUUGGCGGCAGUCCCCGCAGCCGAUGUACUCCCCGUGGGGUCUGACCCCAAGACAAAGUCAUUCAUUGAUUGGGGCUUCGUGACAACAAGCCAAUCAGGUGCCAAUGGUCGACAUAUUCAUUACGCUCGUGGGAAAUGUCUUGGGGGGUCCCCUACGCGUGAAUCUAUGAAUCAGUGGGCUACUAUCGUGAAGGACAGUAGCUAUGAGUUUGACAGCGUUCUUUCAUUCUACAAAAAAAGCGUUGAUUUCACACCACCGAACGUCCAACUCAGGGCUUCGAACGCUACGGCGGGAUACGAUGCUAGUGCAUAUACAUCUGGUGACGGCGGUCCAUUACAGGUUUCCUAUUCCAACUUUGCGAAUCCAUUUUCGUCAUGGAUGAAACUCGGAAUGCAAGCUAUUGGCAUCAGUGAAACGCAAGACUUCAACACGGGCUCUUUAAUCGGAGCCCAGUACUGCGCAUCUACUAUUGAUCCAUCUACUGAGCUACGUAGUAGCUCCGAGACGGCUUUCAUUCAAAGCAUACCACCCCUCUCAUCUAUCACAAUCUAUACCGGUACCCUCGCCGAGAAGAUAAUGUUUGAUAAACAUAAAAGGGCAACAGGGGUCCGAGUCAGGGGUAUACUUGGUAAUGCCGUUACCCUUUCCGCUCAGAGGGAGGUUAUCAUCUCGGCCGGUGCCUUUCAGUCACCGCAACUCCUUAUGUUAUCCGGUAUUGGGCCUUCGGAUACACUGAAAGAGCAUAAUAUCGAAGUCAUAGCCGAUCGACCUGGAGUUGGGCAGAAUAUGUGGGAUCAUCCAUUCUUCGCUCCUUCAUACCGAGUGCAGCUGACUACCUUCACCAAGCUCGCGAACAUUUUUCUAUACACAACUAUACAACUCAUCAACGCAGUCCUCACCAAAACAGGCACAGUGACAAAUCCUAUUGCGGACUUUCUAGGUUGGGAAAAGAUCCCAGUGUCUCUUCGUGCACUUUUCCCACAGAGCACAAAAGACAGCUUGGCUUUAUUCCCAAGUGAUUGGCCUGAAGCAGAGUACAUCUCGGCACCCGCAUACAUUGGUAAUCUCUCUGAUCCUUUUCGAGACCAACCAAAAGACGGAUAUGAGUAUGGCUCAAUACUCGGAGUUCUCAUUACGCCUUCAUCCAGAGGGAACAUCACCCUGAAAUCCGCAGACAUCACAGAUCUACCGCUAAUAAAUCCCAAUUGGCUUGAUGAUCCUGCAGACCAAGAUCUCGCCGUUGCUAUAUUCAAAAGAACCCGCGAAGCCUUCCAAAGCGAAGCUAUGGCACCGAUUUUGAUUGGUGAAGAGUACAAUCCUGGUCUUCAGAUUCAAUCGGAUGCUCAGAUUCUCGAUUGGAUCCAAAAUAAUGUCAUGACGCUAUGGCAUGCUGCUUGCACUUGCAAAAUGGGGACAGUAGAUGAUCCGAUGGCGGUAGUUGAUUCUCGGGCUCGAGUUUUUGGAGUGCAGGGAUUGCGUGUGGUUGAUGCCAGCGCGUUUCCAUUUCUUCCACCUGGCCAUCCACAGUCGGUGGUUUGUCAGUUUCUUGUUACUCCCAUUUCACUUUGUUUGAUACUCACCACUUCUAUAGAUAUGCUUGCAGAAAAGAUAGCAGCGGAUAUCAUCGAGGGAUCAUAG